AUGGCGGAGCUCACGCAGCAGCCCCCGGGAAAGCGGCUGUGCUGCAGACACGGCUACAGCGGUACAUUUCGAGGAGCUCCGCGGGGAGACGGCUCUGUCGCGGGCGGCUCCGGAGCCAGAAGCCCCGAGACUCUGCUCGACAUCGCGGCGCGGAAAGUGGCAGAGAAGUGGCCCUUUCAGCGGGUGGAGGAGCGCUUCGAGCGGAUCCCAGAGCCCGUUCAGAGGAGGAUUGUGUACUGGUCUUUCCCGAGGAGCGAACGGGAGAUAUGUAUGUACUCGUCUUUCAGCGGCUGCGGGGAUGAAGCGAACCCGGACAGCGACGACGAACCCCGGCUGCCGUUUCCGCGGGGGGUCGCGCUGCUCGAAAGCGGCUGUGUGGACAACGCGCUGCAAGUGGGUUUUCACCUCAGUGGAACUGUGAAGGAACCCGCCACAUCCUCGGAGCCGGAGAUGGUCUGCAACGUGAGCAUCAGCUUCGACCGCUGUAAAAUCACAGCGGUGACGUGCAGUUGUGGCAACAAGGACAUCUUCUACUGUGCACACGUUGUAGCCUUGUCGUUGUAUCGUGUACGGAGGCCUGACCAGGUCAAACUACGCCUCCCUAUCUCAGAGACACUUUUUCAGAUGAACCGGGAUCAGCUGCAGAAGUUUGUCCAGUACCUCAUCACAGUUCACCACACAGAAGUUUUACCCACUGCGCAGAAACUCGCAGAUGAAAUCCUGUCUCAAAACUCUGAGAUCAACCAAGUGCAUGGAGCUCCUGACCCGACAGCCGGAGCCAGCAUUGACGACGAGAACUGCUGGCAUUUGGACGAGGAGCAAGUUCAGGAGCAGGUCAAGCUCUUUCUGUCCCAGGGAGGAUACCAUGGCUCAGGGAAACAGCUCAACUUACUGUUCAGCAAGGUGAGAGAAAUGCUGAAGAUGAGAGACUCCAACGGCGCGCGCAUGUUGACACUGAUCACAGAGCAGUUCAUGGGCGACCCGCGACUGGCGCUCUGGAGACAACAGGGGACCACCAUGACGGACAAGUACAGGCAACUUUGGGAUGAACUAGGGGCCCUUUGGAUGUGUGUGGUGCUGAACCCCCACUGUAAGCAUCAGCAGAAGGCGUUUUGGCUCCGGCAGCUCCGGAGGUGGAACAGCGUCGACGUUUGCCCCUUGGAGGAUGGUAACCAUGGCAGCGACCUGACCAAUCUGACCAACGCACUGCCUCAGGGCCCUGCUGGUAACCCAAAUUCCCAUUCAAAGCCUCACAGGACCGUGUUCACGCGGGCCAUAGAGGCCUGCGACCUGCACUGGCAAGACUCUCACCUGCAGCGCAUCAUCACCGAAGACCACUACACCAACUAUUGCCAUCAGGACAAACAUCACAACUCUCUGUUUGACGGUCGAGGCUGGCCCCUGUGGCACGAGCAUGUGCCCACUGCAUGUGCCAGAGUCGACGCGCUGAGAUCUCACGGUUAUCCCAAAGAAUCUCUGCGCCUGGCGAUCGCAGUCGUGAACACUUUGAGGAGGCAGCAAUCCAAACAGCUGGACUUUUUUCGUUCUCACAAAAAAGAGCUGCUGCACAAAGGCGUGACGUCAGUAACUAACCUGGAGGGCUGGGUGGGCCAUCCUCUGGACCCCAUUGGGACAUUGUUCAGUACCCUGUUGGAGGCAGGUCACGGCAGAGAGGAGGGAGCAGCUUUAUCCAAGCAGGACUUCUCAGCCUCAGGCAGCUUCUUGGAGGAAGGGGAGACGUUUGUGUCUUUGGCUGUGGAGACAGCCCUCAUCGGCCUCGGUCAGCAGAGAGGGAUGCCAGAUGGCCUCUACGCCCAAGAGAAAGUGUGUCGCAAUGAAGAGCAUCUUCUCGCCAAGCUACAAGAAGUGGAGCUAAACGACAUUUUGGUGAAGGUUUUUCGCAAGCAAGCCUCCAGAUUGUUAGACGCUGGUCCCUACAGUGGUUUGGGAGAAUUGCUUCACAGAGAGAGUGUCCCUAUGCACACGUUUGCCAAGUAUCUCUUCACCUCGCUUCUACCUCACGAUGUCGAACUGGCAUACAGAAUUGCACUGAGAGCUAUGAGGUUGCCAGUUCUGGAGUCCACAGUCCCUUCUAGUGACCUGUCACGGCCUCAACAAAUUAUGUCGGUGGUGUCCAACCGGUACCCACGCUGGUUCACUCUCAGCCACAUAGAGUCCCAGCAGUGUGAACUGGCUUCGACCAUGCUCACUGCUGCGAAAGGUGAUGCUCGUAAGCUGGAAACAGUGUUAGAAUCUAUCCAAAAGAACAUUCAUUCCUCUUCCCACAUCUUCAAACUUGCUCAGGAUGCCUUCAAAAUUGCCACUCUAAUGGACAGUCUUCCAGAUCUCACACUGCUCAAAGUCUCCCUAGAGUUGGGUCUUCAGGUCAUGCGGAUGACCCUCUCGACGUUGAACUGGCGAAGGAGAGAAAUGGUGCGCUGGCUGGUGACAUGUGCUACUGAAGUUGGUGUAUUUGCUUUGGACAGCAUCAUGCAGAACUGGUUUACACUCUUCACUCCCAUCGAGGCCACCAGUGUCGUGGCCAGCACGGUCAUGUCCAACAGCACAAUAGUCCGUCUCCAUCUGGACUGCCACCAGCAGGAGAACCUGUCCAGCUCUGCCCGAACCCUCGCUCUACAGUGUGCCAUGAAAGACCCACAAAACUGUGCCCUUUCAGCGCUGACGCUCUGCGAGAAGGACCACAUCGCCUUUGAGACAGCCUACCAAAUCGUGCUGGACGCUGCCACUACAGGGAUGAACUAUACACAGCUGUUUACAAUAGCGCGUUACAUGGAGCACCGCGGGUAUCCAAUGAGAGCAUACAAGUUAGCAACCUUAGCUUUGACGCAUCUAAACCUAAGCUACAACCAAGACACUCACCCAGCCAUCAAUGACGUACUGUGGGCGUGCGCUCUCAGCCACUCGCUGGGGAAAAACGAACUGGCCGCGGUCAUUCCUCUUGUCGUGAAGAGUGUGAAAUGUGCCACUGUGCUAUCGGACAUUCUGCGGCGCUGCACGUUGACGACGCCGGGAAUAGUCGCAUUGCACAACCGCAGGAACUCUGGGAAGAUCAUGGCCUUGGACAAAGCGCCGCUCCGCCAGCUCCUGGACGCCACGAUCGGAGCCUACAUCAACACCACGCACUCGCGGCUCACGCACAUCAGCCCCAGACACUACAGCGAGUUUAUUGAGUUUCUUAGUAAAGCAAGAGAGACGUUUCUUAUGGCUCACGACGGACACAUUCAAUUCACACAGUUCAUUGAUAACUUGAAACAGAUUUACAAAGGCAAAAAGAAACUUAUGAUGCUUGUACGCGAGAGAUUUGGUUAA